AUGCCAAAAGCCGCCAGCAAAAAAUCCACAGAAUCAAAUUCUUCGUCAUCACCAAGCACUUCACAGAAGACAACUGCUCCUGCUGUAAAACCACUCACCAAGCCAAAGAUUAAAUCCUUUCCGUGCGCACCAGCUUUUGAAUGUAAAAGUGGUGAAUUAUUGUGGGGUCAACUUCAACACAUGAUCAAAGGCUCUUCGGCUACGAGUCAUGAUACUUCGAAUGGUCCGAUCACUUCAGGAUUUGGAGGAGGAACCAUUUUGCAGAGCACUUUUAGAUAUAGAUUGGCUGCUAGGAAGGGAAAUUGGAUUGUGGAGAGAUUUGAAUCGGAGAGUGGUUUUGGAUUUGUUGUUCAUCAUGAAGAUUUGAGUGGACAGGAAUUGUUGGAUCGAUGUGCAAAGAUUGGUAUUUCGAAUGGACAGACACACGAUGAUCACAAUAUUGUCUAUGUGAAUCGUUAUGAUUGGAGUUAUCACAGUGGAGAUCAAGAUGAAGUUUCGAGGGAGGUCAAGCAAUUUAUUACUCCACCAAAGAAGAGUAAGAAGAAGAGUGAUUCAAGUGAUGAGGAAGAUGACUUCUCAUGUGACGAUAAUGAAUUUUUGGAUGAAAUUGGUCAACUCUUUGCUGGUAGAUUGAUUUUGUUGGAUGCUCCUGAAUACCAAUCAUAUAUGAAAUUGGUUGCUUCUGGUAAACAUCCUGAGAAUGGAGAUUGUGUACAAUUUAAAUCAUCUACUGGAACUUUUUGUGGUGCUCAUCUUUCAGAUGCAGAUACAGAAUAUGAGUUAGGUUGGAUGAUUUUCUCUGGUGAAAAGCAUAAGGAUUUCCCACAAGAUGAUGAAUUUGUAGGAUUUGUCUAUGAUUCUUCAUAUUGUGGAUUGGAAGAGGGUCCUUUCACUAUUGUAUAA